CCGCCAGCCCGAGGGCCCUUUGUGCGCCUGCGCGCUCGCGCUUCCGCCCUCUCGCGGCGCUCGGCUAAGGCAGUCUGUCUGUCGGACUCUGUCCUUAGAGCACAGAGAGGCAAGGCGACUUCGGAGAGUCAGCCGCCCGAUUGUUUUCCUUUCCCUCCCUCUCUCCCGUCCCACAUCGCUAUUCACCCCUCUCCCGCCUUUGCUCGCGCAGCCAUGGCGGAGCCGUCGGCGGCCACUCAGUCCCCAUCCGUCUCCUCGUCAUCCUCCGUGGCCGAGUCCUCUGCGCCCGGUGGCGGCGGCGGGAGCCCGGGAGCCUGCCCCGCCCUGGGGGCGAAGAGCUGCGGCUCCUCCUGUGCUGAUUCCUUUGUUUCUUCCUCUCAGCCUGUAUCUCUAUUUUCGACCUCACAAGGUGAUUGGGCAGAAACAUCUCUCCCACAGGAAAAUGCUAUGCCAGACCGUCUCAACUCUACACAGGAAAUCAGUAUCAAAGGUGUGCGAGGCAAUGUGCAGAAAAGAGAUGACACACUUUCAGAGUUACCUGGAUCUCCAUUUGAGAAAUGUGUCUCUCUUGGUUCUGGAGUGGCCACAGUGAAAGUGGUUUUACCUGAUGGCCACCUGAAAGGUGCAAUGAACUGGCAGACCUCUGUGUUGGGAGAGGUGACAGAGGCUGGUAGUUCUGGUGAAUCUGAUGACACGGUGAUAGAGGACAUCACAGCAGAUACUUCAUUUGAGAGCAACAAAAUUCAGGCUGAAAAACCUGUUUCCAUCCCAAGUGCUGUUGUAAAAACAGAUGAAAGAGCAAUGAAAGAGAUUCUUAAUUGUAAUAGGGAAGACAAAACAUCUGGAAACUUUGACGGGUCCAUCAGUGACUCUGCGCCACGACAAGUUCAGCCUGAUGUUCUUGGAAGGAGUCCAGCUGGUGAGGCAGAAUGUUCACAAGUACCUAAUAUGAAUGUCACGUCAGAAGAUGUGAAGCAGUCAGAUAGUAUGAGUGUAGUUGCUCCUGAAAAGCUUGUUGCAGCUGAGAACCCCAAACUUCCUUCAGAAGCAUCUCCAAAGGUUUUUAAUGAUAAGACAGAAUUCUCACGAAAUGUGACAACCUCUGCCUAUUUGGAGUCAUUGCAUGAAAAAAGUGUUAAAGAUACAGAUGAUUCUUCCCCAGAGGACCUGAUAGCAGCCUUUACAGAAACCAGAGAGAAAGGAAUAGUAGGUAAAGGUGAAGGAAAUACCUUCGAAGCAACAUCAGAGAAAACUAAGGACUUUAAAACAACUCUUCCGGUAGAUGUUUUACAUGAAAGUGAGUCAGGUGGUUCUGAAAUUGAAAACAUAGAAGGCAAAUACAGUGAACAAAGCAAAGAAACAGAUGGGAGUGAGCUUCUGGAUGUUUUCCCUACCCAGGGUACCCCAGUGGCAUCUCUUGAUUUAGAGCAGGAACAGCUCACAAUCAGAGCACUGAGAGAACUGAGUGAAAGGAAGGUUGAGAAGUCCGCUUCUGCACAGGAUAAAGUAGAAUCUCCCGAGGAAAUACUCAAGCAGACUUUAACAUUUGCUCCAGAAUCUUGGCCACAGAGAUCCUAUGAUGUCCUAGAACACAAAGAUGUCAAGACUGGAUCUGAUCUCGGGAUUUCCAAGAAGCCCACUAUUACCAAAGAAGCUACUAGGGUAGAUACCACUUCCAGCCUUAGCAAGACUGAACUGGUAAACAAGGAUGUCCUAGCAAGACUUCUGACAGAAUUCUCAGUGCACGACUUAAUUUUCUGGCGAGAUGUGAAGAAGACUGGGUUUGUCUUUGGCACCACACUGAUCAUGCUGCUCUCCCUGGCAGCUUUCAGUGUCAUCAGUGUGGUUUCUUACCUCAUCCUGGCUCUUCUGUCUGUCACCAUCAGCUUCAGGGUCUACAAGUCUGUCAUCCAAGCUGUACAGAAGUCAGAAGAAGGCCAUCCGUUCAAAGCCUACCUGGAUGUAGACAUCACUCUGUCCUCAGAAGCUUUCCAUAAUUACGUGAACGCUGCCAUGGUGCACAUCAACAGGGCCCUGAAACUCAUUAUUCGUCUCUUUCUGGUGGAAGAUCUAGUUGACUCCUUGAAGCUGGCUGUCUUCAUGUGGCUGAUGACCUAUGUUGGUGCCGUUUUCAAUGGGAUCACCCUUCUGAUUCUUGCUGAACUGCUCAUUUUCAGUGUUCCAGUUGUCUAUGAGAAGUACAAGAUCCAGAUUGAUCACUAUGUUGGCAUCGCCCGUGAUCAGACCAAGUCAAUUGUUGAAAAGAUUCAAGCAAAACUCCCUGGAGUUGCAAAAAAAAAGGCAGAAUAAGUACAUGGAAACCAGAAAUGCAACAGUUACUAAAACACCAUUUAAUAGUUAUAAUGUUGUUACUUGUACUAUGAAGGAACCGUGCUCAGUGUCAGCUUGAGCCUGCAUUCCAAGCUUUUUUUUUUUUAAUUUGGUGUUUUCUCCCCUCCUUUCCCUUUACCCUCAGUAUCAAGAACAAGAAUUGUUGGACUUAAAAAAGAACUGAUAUCUUAGAACCCAAAAGAAUAAAGAAAGAAUCAAAUUAAUAGGAUAAAUCAAUACCUUAAUGAUGGUGGAGCUUUACCUGUAGCUAGAAAGGAGGGGAAAGAUUGGAGGUAAAGGAGAAAAUGGAAAAUAAAACACAUCUCUUGGGUUCUUCUAUUCAAAUUUCAAGGACUAGUCAGUCUUACAUAGCUUUCCAUCAUAGUUUUGCCCUUAUUUUUAAGUUAAGAAAUAAUGAUUAACUUAUGAAGAAAUUAUCUGGGGACAAGAAUGGGAUUCUUUCCCUCUUUUUUGUUGUUGUUGUUGUUGUUUUGUUUUAUUUUGUUUUUUGCAGCCCUGUGAUCCCAUCUUCCUGCCCCACAAUGUGAGCAGCUACCCCUAAUCUUCUUCUUCUUCAUUUAACGAUAUAACUUUCAACUCUGAAUAACUUAUAGUUGAUAGUGAUAAUUCCUGAUUCUCAGAAUGCCAUCCGAUAACCAAGAAUGGAAAGUAGGAUGAGCAGGAGCGCACAGGGGUGCUGCUGCGACUCCCGCUCACCCUUAGGAGAGGACAGGCUCCGCCAUGUGGGACGGUGGGGUCUGUGUCAUUUCUUCCGGACACCAGUUCUGAGCUUUAGUUUGAGAGCUUAUUCCUGAAUGGGCUUUCCUCCCUCUUUCCUACCCUCAAGUUUAAUAAAUAUGGUUGUACUUUUCUUAUUAUAAAAUAAAUGUCUGUAACUGCUGUACACUGCUGUAAACUUGUUAGAGAAAAAAACUAAUCUGCACGUGGGCUCCUCAGUUAUUGAGUUAUUGUAAUCCUGUCUCAGUCCUUGGUGGGGAGACAUUCUCAAGGGGUGAACUACAGAAACACAAAGGCCUUUUUUCUCUUUUCUCUUUUCCUCCUGCACAUGGUACAUCUUUAACCUGUGCUCAUCGUUUUCCCCUAAGGACCAAAGCUGAGCUGGCUUGAGAGGAGAUUGUGUCUGUGGUUAAGAGAUCACAGAUUAGUGUAAGGAAGUGCAUUUUGUGAUUCAUAUGGAGUUUUAACUUGGAGGCUAGCUUAUUGGGUGUGUGUUGUUUGAGGGUUCCUUUCAUUUUCAGGCACAUAAAAUGUCUUGGCACCUCUACCAUGGUACAGGGUGCUCCUUUUGAGAGUGUUUUCCAAGAAGCUUUAGGUAAGGGUGAUCAGGCAGGGCCAGAUUGUGUUGACAGGCUCCGUGCACAAUUAAAAGACAACAAAACAGUUCAUGUUGACAUCAGAUGGAGGGCGUUUGGGAAUCUUUGAUUCCCAUUGGAGACUUACAAGUGUCUUCCUCCCUUUCCAACAUGAAAAUUCAGUAAAUUUGAAAGAAAAUCAUCUGUGAGUUCCUUCAGGUUGUAACUCAUAGUCGUGAUAAUCCAGAGGGAAUAUGCACUGGUGACUUUAAAGGCUACAAUCUUUGACAGUCCCAAAGUAGUGCAGCUCUGUAGAAGGUAGUGGAAGGAAGUUUUCCUUCUAUUUUGUUGAGGAAAUUACUUAGGAAUUUAGAUGGGUAAAAGGUACCCUUGCCUUACUCCACUCUCUUAUUUUCUUAGCCCCCUUUCCUUUUGAAAUGUUUAACUGAUUUCAUGUCAUAGUAGGGAAUGCAUUCUCCAUCCCCAUCCUUUGCCCUCCCAGGAAGUAAGUGUACUGAUCAUCUUUUUGGGCUUCCCCUCCAAAGGACCUUUUUCUGCACUGGAAGCCUCCACACCUAGCUCUUUGUUUUGUUAGUGCUGUGUUUAGAUUAAUUUGGACAGAUCUUUGUGCCACACAAGAAUUUUUUGUUUUUUUAAGAAAAAUCUAUAGGUGAAAAAUUACUAAUGAAACUGUGUGUGCGUGUAUGUGCGUGCAACAUAAAAGUACAGUAGCGCCUAAGGAGCUUGAAUCUUGGUUCCUGUAAAACUGCAAAUUGAUGUGGUAUUAAUAAAAAUAAUAAUAAAAAAAAGAA